UCUGCUUGGUGGUGGUUCGAUUGAUCUUAUCAGACAUUUUAAUGUACUGAUAUCUGUGUUUUCAGAUGUUGAUUUAAUCUUUGCUUUUCAACUCUGUUUCAUCGUAAUAAAUCUGAAACUAUACAUACCUACUAUUCAUAUACAUAAUUUUUACACUGCUUUCUAUUCUACGUUUAAUAGAUAUGAGUUGAAUUUUUCGCAAGUUACCGUUGGCAGUAAGGACAGCUUAGAGCGCUAAUGGUAAAACGUGGGUGCAAUAUGUAUUUAAGUUCUUUUCUUGUGAUAACUCAUCAACCAUCUACUGUAUAUUUUCCUGCCCUGGGCAUAUUAGACUGUCUGUCUGGAACCAAUUUUCUUGCAUAUUAUGUGUCAGUUUCUGUUUAGACAGCUUGCUGACAUCUCGCAUUUUAAAAGCACCUGCUAUCUGUAAACCUUUAUAACUUUAUGAUCAUUGAUGAUUUUUGAUAAUCAGGAGAUGGAAACAAAAUAUUUUGCUUUCUUAAUAUUAUAAUUGGAACUAACCUAAGAUGACCCACCGCUUCAUCGCACAAAGUACGCUCAAAACAUGAUUACAACACAUUUGCCUAGUACAUAUAAUGAAAAAUUCAGUAAUAUAGAUCCUUUUGCCAAUUGCAAAGCUAUUUUCAAGGGCAAAAUUGGGCAUUGAAUCUUUAAAUCCUUCAAAUUGUUAAUAAAAGCAAAGUUAUUCUCGCUCAUACUGUGUGGCUUGAUCACAUUGUGUUAUUAUUUUGUCCAUACAUAGACAUGUAAUUAUUUUUUUUGUCUAUACUUUAUUGCUGUUGUAAUUCUGCAGAAGUAAUGUGCUUAUUUCGAUCAACAUGUUUCUUUACUUAGAAUCUGAGCAAUCAAUCUCUCUUCAAUAAAACUUUGUUAUUUCUUUUUUAUGCAUAACAAACUAUUAACUAUAAGUUUGUCAAUUAUUAGUAUGUUACACUUACAAUUUUUAUAGAAAGGGAAACCUAUCAUUGGCUUUAAGAUAUAACUAAGAUCAUUGUAAAAAAAAUACUGUUGCGCUGUUGGUUAAUGAAAUAAAUAAAUAAAUAGACUGACCUCCAUGAAUCCUCGCUUGCAGUUUUGAAUUUUUAAAUCCAUGGACAAUUUGGAGAGUACUAUACGAGAUAUCUGUAGUGGGCUUACAUCAUCUAGAGCUCACGAGAGAAAGAAAAAUGCCGAAAACUUGAAGGAUUUAUUGUCACGUAAUGCUUUAGGAGCAUUUUUAUCAAAAAAUAGUCUCAAUGAAGAAGGUUUUACUUGGAACAAUCUAUUUGAGUAUGUGAAAGACUACAUAUUAAAGGAAGCAGAAAACUAUCAGACUUCCAAAACAUAUCAAAGCACCAUAGGACCAUUAUGUGCAAGUUUACUACAUUUGUGUGUUGCUGGAGCUAAUAAAGGCCAGACUAGUAUUAAAUGUGAGAAGAUUAUGACAGCAUGUUUAUACAUACUAAAAGACAUUCAGCUUACAAAAGCGAUUGGCGACGCUUAUUUAAAUCUGUUGUAUAAACAUAUUCUACCACAUAAUUACUACAGAACAUUAAUGACCCCUGUUUACUGGGAAGAAUUGCUUCAUGUCUGCAUAUCAAUGCUUCACUCAAAUCAUUCCAAUCUUGAUAAUUUUACUAAACUAAGGCUGUUAUGGAUGGUUAUCAAGAAUGGCACGUCAUCAUGUCAUCUUACUGUCCCAUUAAGGGAUUCAUUGGCGAAAUUAAAGAUACUUAGAACAUUCAGUGAAAAAAAAAUUCUUGAAGUGGUUAUUGACAUUACCAUUUUGCUGCUGGAAGUGCUUGCGCCUGAAUAUCGAUUAAGUAUGUGUGAAUUUACGGAAAACAUUUUAUUGUCGUUAUUACAUUACUACGAACAGAAUAUCGACCAAAAGAAAAAGAACUCAUUGUUUAAGUUCCUGGAAUUGACGGUAAAAAUUCACCAUCCAGAAGGUCGAUACCAAAAGGAGGAAAGCAGUUUAGCCUAUGAUUGGACAAUUUGGAAUAAAAAUUUGCAUAGUAUACUAGAAAUUAUGUGUAUUGAAGUGACAUUCUUGCAGAAACCACAUAAACAACUUGAUUUAUCUGAAGUUGGAUGUGGACAGUUUUAUUCUUUAUCUGCAUCCGUAUACUUUCAGACCUUUAAAUUAUUAGAAAUUGCCGAAACUUCGGAAACUGGCAGUACUCCGAAACGACCUAGGGUCAUUAUAAACAAAAUAAGAAGAUUUUCUGAUCUUGCCCAUGAGCUUACACAAAACCAGAUACCAUGGUUGGGUGUCAUAUUAUCAUAUUCCAAGAAAUACGGCAGCACAAUUGAAACUAAUACCUUUUUAUCGUUAUUGAACACUUUGAAUUUUUAUAUAAUAAAAAAUAUCAAUAUUAUUGAUUGGGACAGUUUUACAGAGACGAUUGUCUUGAUAGUAAAAGAGUUGUCGGGUCGAUCGGUACAUAUAGGGAAAAGGGAUGAUGCUUUUCUGUUACUGUGGAAUUCAUGUGUGAGACAAUCAAUUUCAGUCAAUGCAUUACAAAAACCAAUACAUAAAAUUCUACAGUUUCUAUUGACUAGUAUCGAUUUAAAAUAUCAAGAUGUACAACCAUUAUUAAAAGUAUACUUUGAUAAGGCUAUGCCAAUACAUAGCAAUAGUGUGGAAACAUUGAAUGUGGUUUUGCAAAAGAUUUUCAACAAAUGUAGUAGUUUUGAGGAUAGACUAAAUUUCUUCACUUGGUUUAAACAGGGACAAUUACAUUGUGUGGACGCAGUUCAAGCAAGAGAAUUAAUACUUAGAUUGAUUCUUAAAGAGAAUAUCAGCAAUGUGUCACAACUUCAGAAUGGAAGUCAAAGUGUUUUCUGUGACAAUCUACAUGAAAUAUUGUUCAAUUCAAUCGAAAAAAGUAUUCUGUUUAGUGAAUUUUCAAUUCAGGACGUGGAAUAUAAUAGGCCUGCCACACAUAAAGACAUCUAUUUAAAAGAAGCUUUUGAAUAUCAUUCAGAUAUCAAUAAUUUAAUGUAUGAAUAUUUAUGUGUCAAAACCAAAGAAUAUGUACAUAAUGGUACAGAAACAAAUAGCAGUUUGCCCGAACUCAUUCAGUUUUCGCGAGUUCUGCUGGCUUAUUUAGACGUUGCGCUGCAUUACAAAAUCGUGAGCGAAAACAAUAUCCAAACAACUGAGAUAUAUUGCAUUUUGAAAACAACACUACGGUUUAUUUAUACUAAUGUGACAGAUGCCUUAAAAAGUGAUGGUAAUAAUUUAGUGAAAAUCAAAUUACUGAAAUAUAUUCAAGACAUUUUAAUUUGCGAAUAUUAUCCUCUUCUCUGCGUCGAAGUACGUCGGUGCAUUGAUGAAACAUUCUUCCAUGCUAUUAACAACAUCGUUAAUAAAGAGGAUUCACCUGUCGAGGAUUUAGAAAAUUGCGAUGAUGAAUCUAGUUUGUCUGCGUUGAGAUAUAAUAGUGUAAUCUUACUCGCAGCAUAUUGUCGAAAGUUUGUUAAUUAUAGAACUGAAUUAUUGGAGUUGGUAUUAGAUUACAAAAUGUAUGACUUCUCUUCAUAUUGGGAUGUGCAGUGUGUUUUUAGAUGUAUUGAACUUUUAAGCGAUAAUGCUGUUGCAGAUCCUCCGCUAGAUGGAAUUUUUACUGUUAUGAUGUUCAUAUGUAAGGUUAUGUUUAGAGGGUCUAAUGAAACACAGAGACUGCUAAUAAUCUUGCUAUCACUUCUGGACAGAAUUUGGGUAAAUGAUAGUAUAAAACAAAACUGCAUCAUCAUGAUCAGGGGCUACUUAGUCAGAUGCGGUAAAUUGCAUUAUCCACCACGAGUAGCGGCCCUUGUGUACAAAUGCGCAGCGAAAAUGAUUGAGUUUAAUAGGAAACAUGGAACAGAUAUCAAUUUAGAUGAAGAUUAUUUUAUCAAAGCAGUGAUCGAUGGAACAAAACGAGAGACGCAUUGUUUACGGUUGUAUUGCGUCUAUACCCUGAAAUUAUUGUUAGCAGAUUCCAGCGAUGAAGAAAUAAAACAAAAGUUAUCUGGAUUUGUGGAUAUUUUCGUUGUAGACGUGCCAGAAAAUGAUGAACUUAUUGUAAAAGAUGAAUCAGCAAACAGAACAGCUACACUGCUGCAUAGUCAUGUGGCAUUGGCUCAAUCUAAGUCCACUUUGAUGCAUAAAAUUGUAACUUCUAUUCUAGAAAUACAAAAGGAGAAAUCAUUAGAUGAAAAUCUUGUAAAGAAAGUUUUGAAUAUUAUAACGAUUACGAUUUCCAAAAAUGAUAUUAGUUUUCAUUUAAAUAAUCAUAUAUUAUAUGUCCUCAAUUUUUGGUUUCUUAACAAAUUCAAUGUUGAAGAUUUGCCUAUUAGUUUGUUUGGAAUGGAAAAAAGACAAUUAUUUCUAAAGAAGCAUAUGAGAUGGCUGAUACCAGCAGAUAUCUUGUGGGCCAAAAACGCAAAUAUUUACAGUAGUGAUUUGUUGAAAGAAACUAAAACAGUAUUAAAUAAAACCGACAAAGCUAUAUUUGAGGAUUGUUUCUGCAAUUUUAUGUCCUUAUGUUUGCCAUACGUUGUAGCCGAAAAGUAUAAUCUAGAGUAUGUAGGGAUGACUGAACGAAAUAAUCAAAAGUUAAGAAGUAGUGCAAAUAAAAUGUUUCAAUUAAUGAGAGAAGUGCUAGAGAAUGAAAAAUGGAGUAACUUGUUUGAGGAGAAUAUUGCAGAGUUGCUGUUUUUGUCAGCGAAACACCUGAGUGACGCUAUAGAUGCGGAGAACAUGUUCCAAGUUGGAUUGCCGCAGCGAACCGAAACCUACUAUUAUCCCAAGAAUGUAUUUUUAGCAAUACUAGAGUAUUUUGGAGAGUUGACAGAUGAGAAUAUUAUGCAGUAUCUCUGUGAAAACCAAUCAGUUGCAAUAUUUAAAGCACUCUUCAAGUUGUGGGAUAAUAUUCUCAAAGAGCACGUUUACGAAUUUAAAGUGUUGGCUUUGAAUGCCUUUAUUACAUUUGUUCAAAACAUUCCAUUGGGAUUCACGACUGAUGCAUUUAUAUGCAAUUUUGUAUGCAAUAGCGUUACACAAGCAAUUAAAGAUUCUGUUGAAAAAAGAGAGGUGGAAACAUUAGCUAAAGCACUGCAUUUAAUUUUGAAACUAUAUUUACCAGAAAAAAUUAAUCAUCUUCGCAUUGCUGCGUCGCAUCUAUUGUCGAUUUUAGUCAUAAAAAAGGAAGAUGGUUUUGAUGAAGAAUGCGCUCCUUUAUUAAGUUCUCUCGUGGAAGAUCUAAAAGAUUGUUUGAAUGAUAGUGAAGAUGUUGUAGACUUCAUAAAUGCGCUGUCUCAAGGCAAUGUUGAUGAUGUUUGCACAGCGUAUCCACAAUUUUGCAUUAAACUGAAACAAUACAAAACGAGUUUGAAAUGUCCAAGCCAUGAAUCUCUUGUAAACAUGCGCAAAUUUUUGACUAACAAUAAAAACUUUAUUAACAAUCUAUGUGAUGAAAUAGACAGAAAAGGAUUUUCCGAGAGCUGUGAAUCAAGUUUAGUACAUCAAAUAAUUUACUCUCUCAGUAACAUUUUGAAUAGAACUACAGAUAAAAAGACUAUAACAGAAGCUUGUAAUUGUAUAUCUGCAAUUGGUACAUACAACUUGAAAACUUUGGUCACUGUAUCGCCACCCGACCCAUCUCAAAUAAAAAUAAUGCCACCGAACUCUUAUUUCACUACAAUUUUGAUGAAAUCACUUUCUAGUGUAUUAUUCGAAGAAGGUCCGAAUCUCACAAAAAAAGUAGCGAAGGCCCUUAAUAAAUUGUUGAAAUUCCGUGACGGUAUAGAUGCAUUGAAUCGUGAAGAUGUUGAUGAGGUCAAACAAAUACUGAAACCGUUUGAAACGGCAGAAGCAAAUACUGUAUCUAAUUUUGAAGUCAAUGAUUCUAAAUUAAAUUGCUUCUUUCAUUCCUCAAAUUUUUGGUUGCCUGUCUCUAAUGAGAAACAUUGCGUUUGGCUCACUCGAGUCACCUCUGCUUUCUUAAAUAUAUUGACAUCAUCAGAUAAUUAUUUGAAUGAACUGCAAGAAGUAUGCACAUUGAAGCCCAGUCUUGCCCAAAAAAUGUUGCCGUCAUUGAUCGGUCUGAUGCUUAGUUGCGGUAGUGAAAAAUGCGAACGAAUGAUGACUACUCAUAUCAAUAAUUUCUUCAAGUAUAUCUGGGAUAUUAGCUUCGAGUACAAAAUUGAAAACAGCGGCAGUGACAGCAAUCACAAGAGACUUGCAAAUAUUCUUACUCACGAUCACAAAAUGAUUAUUCAGUACGUGUUGAGUGUGGUCCACUUUGUGCGCCUACAAAGUAGCCAUUAUCAUUCAAGACGGGCGCGGGCGGCUGCUCAGACAUUGAAUUACUUGCGAUUGGAGUAUGACAAGGUCGCGUGGGCGGCGACUGUGGCCGACCAGAAUUUGGCGGCGAUCUAUUACGGUGAACUGUGGGCCAUGGCGCAGAACGACAGGGUACCUCCACCAUCACCCGAAGCUACUACCGUUUUGGAAGGCGGCAAAAAUAUUCAAAGAAUAUUUAGAAAGUGUUUCGUGUCAAUCGGCGAAAUGGACGCGGUAGAUGGCUGCGGCACCGCUCACUUGACUAUUGAAGAUGAGAGGCGGCGGCAUCUCCUCCACACGGGGAAGUACAUAGACGCGUUAUUACUACACGACAUUGCGCUGUCGUGCGGCGACGCGACCGCGGUUGAGUUGCAGUGCGGCACGCUUCGGUCACUGCAGAAGUCGGGACUAUUCCAUUUGGCUGUGCAGCAUACCAAGUCUUUGCCGGAGAACGACGAAAUAAAUGAUAUCAAAUUUGAAUGUAUGGCGACCCUGGGUGACUGGAGUGAAGUGAUAGACACCCGCGACUUGGAGGAACAAUUGAACAUUUGCAACCCGCAGUCCAUAAUAAAAACGUUCCGUUACGCAUGUCUCAAGGACUGCCUCACGGUAGAAGCCAAGCCUAGCAUCAAAAAAGUUGAGCUGUCGUUGAAUAGAGCUAAAUUAGCAAUAUCGCGCCUUUGUCAGGAUCUCAACAUGGAAAACUGCCAAAACGUAUACAAAGUCGUGGCAAAGCUACAUUUAUUUAGUGAUAUUGAAGAUUAUGUUGCCGUAAGAGCAAGUGAGCGGCCAUUGCAUGCGUUACUUACUAAUUGGCAGCUUGAAAAUUUGCCUGCGUUCCAGGAUUUCAAACAUUUGGAAGAUUUGAUAUCGCAGCGCAAUUUAAUACUAGAGCAUGCAGCAAAGGCCCAGGCAAAUGAGAUUGAAUCUAUAGUGAGACUUCAACUGCAAUAUGCUGAAUUCGGGCUGAAGAAUGAGAGAGUGCAACUGGCGCAACGUUUCUUGGCGACAGUAAAAAAGUUGCGUCCGUCGGAGGAGGCGGCGCUGGUGGAAAGCCAGAUAUCUUGGGCGCGCGGGCACACGGACAUUGCCCUGUCGUUACUACGCGAUGUUGUGUCUAACCAUACUUCCAAUGACAGUUUUAAAGCCAAAUCACUGAGGCAAUAUGGAUUGUGGAUGGCGGAAUCUAAAUGUGAUAGUCCUAAAGAUAUAGUGAAUAAGUACUUGAAGAAGAGUCUUGACAUUUUGAAUAAUACUCAUGAUGAAAAAACGAGGCUAAAAUUAUACAACGAUAUUGCGAAAUUCUCUGACGCAGAAUAUAAAAAGGUGGUUGCAUAUAUCAACUCGCCAAUAUUCCAAAACAAAGUGGACUGUCUAAAGAAAAUGCAGGAUACAUGUGCGUCGUCGCAGCAGACCCAACAACCAAUGACAAUCGACGACAAGGUAGCAUUGAACACCAACAAUAAAUUUAUGCAUUUGGAAGAGGCAGAGAUAGCUUUUACCAAAGCUGAAAAAGAGAACUUCCUACAUUCUGCUUUGAGAUAUUACUUACUUUCCUUGGCGCAAUGUGAUGAAAAUAACCUGUCAAUAUUUCGUGUGAUAUCGCUAUGGUUGGAUAAUCCGGGCCUGGAGGUGAUAGACGGCUGGCGUCCUCUGCAACAUCUUUUGGAUUCCAUCCCUUCCCACAAGUUCGUCACAGUGUUGCCACAGCUGGCGCCCAGGCUCACUACAGACAAUAGUGUGUUCGCCAAUAAUCUCAAGAGAAUCAUAGAAAGGUGUGCUAGAGAUCACCCCCACCAUACCUUGCCUAUCCUGUUCAGCCUGAAGAAUUCCGACAAAGACAUGUAUAUUCUGAACGCCAGUGCGAGUCCGACGGUCGCGCAAAGAAAACGUUCGCAGGAGCCGCGCGUGGUGACCGCAGAAGCGCUGGUCAGGGAUUUGGCGAAGGACCAGGAACUCUCUCUUAUUAUAAGUCAAAUGGAAAAGUUGUGUGAUGCAACAAUUAGUUUUGCCAACUUCACGGUGAAAGCAAAGGCUUUAACCAAACAGGAGAUUCCUUCAGCGGAAAACAUUCACAAACUGAACAGGCUGGACGCCGUGCCAGUGCCCACCGUCCCCAUACCCGUCCGCCAUGAUUGUAAUUACGACAAUCUACCCACGUUGGUAUCGUUUGACAAUUACUUCGAAAUUAUGGGCGGGAUCAACUGUCCUAAGAAAAUAAAUUGUAAAAGUUCCGAUGGUGUUACAAGAAUUUUGUUAGUAAAGGGUAGAGAUGAUUUGCGACAGGACGCCGUAAUGCAACAAGUGUUCAACAUUGUCAACACAUUAUUGGGAAAGAAUGACGUCACUAGUCGAAAUAAUCUACUCAUUCGCACCUACAAGGUGGUACCCUUAUCAAAACGGUCAGGUGUUCUGGAGUGGUGCGUGGGCACCAUUCCGAUUGGCGGGUACUUGACCGGCGCUAUUGGAGCGCAUGCGCGGUAUCGGCCUCAGGACAUAACAUGUGAAGCUGCUCGUAAAACAUUAGCAAAUUGUCAUGAAACUGGUAAGUGCAACGAGGAGAAAUUGCGGGUUUUUAAGAAGAUACUGGAGUCCUUUAAACCUGUAUUCCACUACUUUUUCACGGAGCACUAUCUCGAUCCUGUGUCUUGGUAUGAACGACGACAAACUUACACUAAAAGUGUUGCUGCUUCUUCAAUGGUCGGAUAUGUGAUGGGUUUGGGAGACAGACAUGUGCAAAACAUACUAAUCGACAAGGAAACUGCUGAAGUGGUCCAUAUUGAUUUUGGAUUUGCAUUCGAUCAAGGCAAGAUUCUUCGCACACCGGAAACAGUGCCGUUCCGCUUGACGCAGGACAUUGUAGCCGGUUUUGGAUCUUGCGGAGUGGAAGGAGUAUUUAGGAGAUGUUGUGAGAAAACAAUGCAACUUCUCCGAGACAACCAAGAGACUUUGCUGACCAUUUUAGAGGUGCUGUUGUACGACCCGCUCUAUUCGCUAACAUCGUCGCGGCAGACUGCUCAAUCCGCUUUCAGGAGCACUGCAGUUGGUGGUGGUGGCGAGGGUCGCGAGCGGCACCACCUGGCGGCGCGGGCGCUGCUGUCCGUGAGCAGCAAGCUCGGCGGCACGGAGGGCGGCGCGGCGGGCGGCGUGGCCGUGCCCGGGCAGGUCGCGCGGCUCAUACACCAGGCCACGGACCAUAACAACCUGUGCCGCCUCUUCCCCGGCUGGCAGCCUUAUCUGUAAACUGCUGUGCACGUGUUGGUAGGCAGCCCUACCGUUAAACGUCUGACACGUCGAAUGGCUGCCCUUAUGCUGGUUCUAGACAUUUUUUUUUGUCCGUACCGUACCUCCGUGUCGUAUCUGCGUUGCGAUCGAUAACUCUGGACGCGUAAUAGUAUAUAUUAUACCUUUUUGCGAUGGAUCGGAACGAACCUAUCUCCGUAUCGAAACACCUUACCAUCGUUCCGUAUCGAACAUGCCUCCAAACUUUCGUUCUUUGAUAGCAGCCUAUGAUUCAUGUCCCGACGCGUUUGAACCGCACCACAUAUGUAGCAUGAAUAUUCAUAGAAUAUUACCAAGCGAACUCUAUAUCGUCUAUAUAACCAAAGGUAUAGGGUACUUUUGUAUUAUGUGCUCAUUAUCAGUAUAAAAAAUACCGUUCACAUAAUCGAAUAUUACCAUUUAUAUGUGCCACGAAUAACCAUAGAUUUAUUAUUGUGUUAUAUCUUAUCAUGUUACCAUUUUAACAUUUCAUUCCAAUUAUAAAGUUAAAACUUCGUUUGCAGCAUUAUUAGUUUUGUUUGAAAACUCUUUAUUGCUUUAAAAAAAGAAUAUAACAAAAUACAAAACUGUCGUUGGAUUUAGAAGAAUGUAUAUAAUGAUGGAUUUAUUCCAAUUAGGUUCCUCCAGUCAACCAAAAUAUUUAGCCAUUUUGAUAUUUCUAUGGUUGACUUUUGUUAUAUUUAUUUCUAAAAUAGAACAUUAAAUUUAAUACACAUAGUUGUAGUGAUUAGAAUAUUACCAUUUACCCUUUUUUUUCAAACUGAGACACAUAAACCCGAGGCAGAUCAAAAGCGAAGGUGUGCAUUUUAUAUCAUUGAAAUCAAACAAGGCCAACAAUUUUUGCGUGCGUGACUGCUUUUAAUUGAAUAUUAGUUUGGUACGCUAUUGUGCCAUAAAUAUGGUGUAUUCGGUGUUACAUCUACUAGGCUAAAAAUCGCUGGCUUUUACACCACGCAUCCGGUUUCAAUGCAGUUUUCAUUAUGAGAUGAAUCUUUUAACCGAAUAUCUGAGAUUUUUCCUCAGAAGUUAACGAAAAAUAAACCAACAAAAAGGUAGUUAAGUAGCUGGUUAUUGGAGUCUAGCAAAUGUAUUGGAAUAACGAAAAAUAAACCAACAAAAAGGUAAUUAAGUAGCUGGUUAUUGGAGUCUAGCAAAUGUAUUGGAAGAUAAAUGCAUGCUUUUAUGAAAUUUGUAUUCAGAGCAUUAGAAAAAGUCAAUAGAUUUUAUAACAAAAGCCAACGGAUUUAUGGGAGUGCCUCCGUAAUGUGGCCAAAUGUCGCCAAAAAUCUACACGGGACUUUUAUUGGAUAAUUUUUUUAACAUUUAUACUUACCUCAACAUUUCGUGCCAGUGAGGGAUGAUCCUUAGCUAGGUAUAAGGUUAGGUAUAAGAUUCGAUAUGAAAAUAUCUGAUAGUUAAAACAAAGAAAGUUGGGUUUAAAACUGAAUGUUGUAUUAAGUACACAACUAUAAUUAUUUUAUAAACUUAUUCAGAUAAUCGUAUAUUACUUAAGACUUAUCAUGUAUAAUUGGCAUAGAUUCGUGUUAUUUUUUUUUCUUAUAGAUACUAAUAAGUAUAAAUUAUAGUAGCUGUUCUCUUAAUCACACAAUUUGAUACGAUUUUCUCUAUCAGCGAGAACGUAAUGCGGAGGAUUAAUAAUAUCCCAGUGAGGCGGAGAGGGUUUUCUUUCGUAAUAUAAUAAAUUAGUUAAAAAUGAGCUUACAGGAAGUUUUCUUGAAAAAUAAGGUUUCGAACCUGUCAUUAAUAUACCAAGUUGAUAAAUACGUAGUUUCUAAAUUUUCUGACUAUUUAUUAACUAACGUCUUAUGGUGCUUUAUAUAAGGUAUCUUUAAACUUUAAUCUUCAACUAUAAAGUUGAUAAAAUGAAGCAUGAAAAAGAUUGGAAGCGGUAGCUUUAAGGUGGUUUUCAUUUAUCAAAUAUCUAUCUUCAAUGUAUUUUUGUUAAAAAAAUAUGUGUCAGUACUGUCGUGGUAGUAGGUACUAUGAAAAUUUUAGACUAAGAUUGAAGAUAAAGAACAGGUAUGGCCAUGGGCAUAUUGGACAGUAAAAUUUGAAUAAUAUAUUUUAUAAAUGGAAUACCACAUACGUUACUAACAUACAAGUACGUGAUGAGAAGGAAAAAUAUGUGAUAAAAAAGAACUGAAUGUGGAAUUGAUAGAAAUUUUGAAGUGCCAAUGCGAUUUAUAAAGAGCGAUUUGAAUUAAAAUAAGGAUGAUUGUAAGUAAUAUAAAAAAUACAGUAUAAGUAGUUGUUGCAUGUUUUAUCGAUUCCUGAGUAGAAGUGUGGUAAGUAAAAGCAAAACAGCCCUAAAUUAAACCCAAUUAUUUUUUUCUGUUGUAAUUGAAGUAUUUUUUGUUUAGUUUCUUAGUGUUAUAAACAGAACAAUUAUUUGAUAUAACAAUUGGUUAAUAUUCAUUAUUAGGGUAAAGAUAUUGAAACAUUAUACAAAAUUUGCCGUGUCAUUAUGUAAUAGUCUUAUUAUUAUAAAAACUGAUGUAGCAAAUGAUUGAUUCAAUACAUUUAUUUCAUUAGUGUGAUUUUUUAUUGUGAUUUAAUGUUGAUAGGUUUGUUUAUUUGAUGUUGAUUCAUUUGUGUAAGAUAAGUAUUAUUUGUUGAUUGUUCAAUCAUUGUUACAAUAUUAUUUGUUUCUUUUUUCGUCUAUUCGACGAGUUGCUUGCAAGAAGCUAUACCGCCUAUACUGAUAUCUGACAAAAAAGGCGUUUGAAAGUUUUUAUUUUUUUCUUCACUUUUAGUUCACUUUAAAGCGUGGUAAAAGUGCUAGUUUUGGUUUUCUAUGUAAGUACUAUUAUUAAUUUUAUUGUGUGACUCUGAGAUACUUCAUAUUUCAUUUUAUGAAGAAUAUACCUAAGACUAAUCCACUCAUUCCAGGAAGAUAUUAUAUGCAUUUUUAAGAUAUUAUUAUAUGCAUAUGGUUUAUUUUAUUAUCACGUCAAUAUUGACAAAAAAUUUUUUUUUGUUAAAUCGUUGGCGCUUCUAGCGGGAGAAAUUGGCAGCAAAUCGAGGGCCUGGACCCGGUUGUGCUCUUCCUGAGAAUACCCGGGGUCGGUUUUUAUGACGAUAUUGGGGCACAGAGCAUAUUCCGAAUGUUGUAACUUAUAAAGUGGGUAACAAAAUUUGUCACAUUAAUUAUUAUUAGACCUAACAUGCUUAUAUUAAAAAUGAAUGAUUUGUGUGAAAAAAUGAAACGAAAAAUUAAAUUGCUUGUUCUUUUUGUAAAUAAAUUUUGGUAUUUAGUUAUAAUAGAGUAUAGUGAUUUUUCUUCACUUUCAUUUUAUUGUAUCUAUCAGCGCAACUUAUGGCUACAUCAUCUAUAUUAUGUUCCGUUCUGUUAGAGAUAAGAAUGAA